GACUUUAUAGUUGGCUACGAUUUUUGACCGGCAUCUUCAGUUCAACAGCAUCUUUUUCAACGGCCCCUUAUUACUCUACCUUGGACGAACAAGACUACGCUGCUCUGUUGAACAUUUUGGGUAGUCAAACUCUUUAAUCAACGUAUACUCUGGAGUGAAGCGUUAUGGACGCUGUUCAGUCUGCGGUCGGGGGAUGGUCGGACUGGAAAGACUCGCUAUUGGCUGCGCAGGCGGAUGGGAGUAAGACCAAUUUACAGGCCCUUCUCAUGAGUUUCAGCGUUAUCCUACUAUCCGAAAUCGGCGACAAAACCUUCUUCAUCGCUGCCAUUCUCGCUAUGAAAAACUCACGCUUCCUCAUCUUCUCCGCCGCCAUGUCCGCCCUUACCGUUAUGACAGUCCUUUCCGCGUUUCUGGGUCACAUUGCUCCACUAUUAAUAUCAAAAAGAUAUACCCAAUUAGGCGCCGCCGUGUUAUUUUUGGUGUUUGGUGUACGUAUGUUAAGGGAUGGAUGGCGGAUGAGCGGGAAAGAAGGACAGGAGGAAUUAAGAGAAGUGGCAGCAGAGUUGGAUGAGAAGGAAGGGGCCGAGAAGGCUGAUGAAAUGGAAGGGGGAGGAAGGACUACGGACACUGGAUUUUUUGGAAGAUGGCAGGAUAGAAUUGGGGGAUGCACGAAAAGAAUAUUAUCUCCAAUUUGGGUGGAGGGGUUUGUUCUGACAUUUUUGGCAGAAUGGGGAGAUAGAAGUCAAAUCGCGACUGUAGCCUUAGCCGGUGCGGAAGAUUUUUGGUGGGUGACGGUUGGCAGUUUGGCCGGACAUGCUAUUUGUUCCUCUGUCGCUGUCAUGGGCGGUCGCAUGCUCGCCGCCCGAAUUAGUGUCAAGACUGUAACGCUGAUCGGAGGCCUUCUUUUCAUUGUUUUUGGCGUCUUGGCUUUUGGUGAAGCGACGACUCUUUCUCUGGAUUGAGUGGGUAUACUCUCACACAAAUGAUUAGGCAGAUAGAUGGUGUAUUUAUUGAUUUUGACAAAAGACUUCAUUAGCAUCUAUUCCUCUUGUGAAUGUCAAAACAGACAAAUGACAUUGGAAUGUCAAAC